UACCUCGGUGUACAAGCUUCAUCACUGCCAGGGAUUUUAUCAAGAAUCAUAAAGCUGCUCUUUUGGAGCCACACAAAGCACAGGGUGAAGCAUGGCUGCCAUGGCGUUGCAAAGGCCGGACUGGAGCAGGUUGGCAUUUUGGGGGCAUGGAAGCCUCUGUGACUAACACAGCAUGGAUGGGAGCUGGCUGGGGAAGGAGAUAGGGAUGGAUGUGCAUGAAGACAAGCAUGAAUGCUAUAGCUGUAGUCAGAAGACUCUUCCUUGUCCUUUUCCAGCGCAAAAAAAACUGGUGUUCUUGCUCUCUGUGGGUUUCUCUUUCUGUCCCUUUUAAAGUGCCUUGUUCACUCCAGCCAGCUAGAGGUCCCACAUCUAGAAUAUUGAUGAUAUCCUAUUGCCUUUGUGAAUGUGUAAGGACAUUACACCCUCUGGAAAACAGUGCCAACAAUACACUGAUGGUGUUUGUCCCAUUCAAGCCUCUGGAUUUCUUAUGGCUGAGGGAAGUAUUGCUGAAAACAAAGAACAAGGUGAGAUCUAAACAGAUGUUCUCUCUUUUCCCUUCUCAGAGAUAUGCCACCACGGGAAUCAUUGCUUUGAACUUAGCCCUCCAUCUGUGCCAAGAGGUCAACAUUGCAGGCUUUAGUUACCCUGGCAACCAUGACAAUGCUACACCAAUACAUUAUUACAAUACUGGUCUCUCACUGAAAAACGAGCUCUUUCAGUAUAAUCUCACAGCAGAGAGGAACUGGCUUCUGAAAAUGAUGGAGUGGGGAGUGACUGCUGACUUAACCUACCAUGCCUUCCAGGCCCAGAACCAUUGAGGGGAGGCCAUGCUAUCCCCAUCCAGACACCUCAGUUGGGCUUUCCCUUCUUUCAGGUAGAAUGGGAGGUCAAACCCUGAGAUUCAGAGCACUUUCCCCAUCUUCCAUUUGCCUCUGGCUUCCACCACUGUCUGCUGUAGUGGAGGAUGAGUGUUGAGCAACACUUUUUCCUUAUAUAAUCUCCUCCUGCUUUGUAAUCAGCCAUCCUGUACUCACUGAGCUACUUGUGAAAAGCACCAGACCAAGAUGCUAAGCUGGUCUGCAGGCCCUGAGAAACUCAAAGGUGAAGGUGCAGUGCUUACCUUGAGAUUUCAGAUUCCUUCAUGCACAAAUUGGAGCAGAAGAAAGUUACAUCCAUUGCUUUGGAAACGGACUAGGUUGAAAACACAAUUUUACUGUCUUGCUAAUUGUUGGGAAAUGUUAAUGUCUGCAGUAAACACACACACAAAAAAAUGUAUCUUUUAUUGU